ACCAUCAAUUACGUUGGUUUAGUUGAAAUCACGUUGGAACUCUGAGCCCCGCUUUGCACUGUGAAGGACUAGGCGGUCUGUUGCACUCCCAGUAUCAACAUACAUGUGUGGACUUCGACUCAGAGUUUAGUCGGCUAUGUAAUACUUGUGGAAGCUUCCAGAAAAAUAAAAAAUAAACUAAUAAAUUCUGAUUAAACAUAAUAAUUAUUCAAGCCAAUUAUCCAUUCAAGCUAAAUAAUCAUUAUCAUUAUUAUUCAUCAAGUCUUUAAGCUUAAUGUAAUGACCAGUCACUAUUUGGCUAUGGGUUUGAAUACAAUUUGUAAAUAAAAAUGAUAACCAUAAUAAUAAUAAUUCUCUUUGCUGAAAUCCAAGCCAAUUUGCUUUACCUUGUCAUGAGAACAAUUUGUAUGAUAGAGAUGAGAGCUGAAUGUAUGAUGGCACUAGUUAAUGCUGUCUACAGUAAGCUGAUGCGCUGCAUGCUACAAUCGACUAACAAUGCGUCGUUCUCCGGCUAAUGCUUAAAGUAGUUCCGGAUUUUGAGAGCAGCGCGGAGCAGGCGCGCAGUUCCCGGAUGUUGGAUGGUGAGAGAAAGGCGAACUGGAAAGGCGGAGAAGCUGAGGGACGCCACGGACACACCGGUCAGGGCACAGCGGCCAGAGCCACCACCAACAGACAGCAGAGACUCCUUACCUGAAAGAAAGGGAACUUUUUUCCGUCAUUUAACAGAAGAAAGGGGAGGGACACUUAUCUAACUCUACCUGGACUGAUCCCGAACAGCAAGACUGCCAGUUGACACAGCCAGGGUCUAAGACUAGUUAGACCGUUGCCGUAGCAGCUCGUCAUCUGAGGGAGUCGUCUCUCACCCCCCCCCCCCCCUCCUCCAGCCGUCGCCAUGACGUCGGAACUGGAGAGCAGUCUGACGUCGAUGGACUGGCUGCCGCAGCUGAGCAUGCGGGCGGCCAUCCAGAAGGCGGACGCGCAGAGCGCCCACGUGGCGGGCGUGGCCAAGAAGAGCGCGGGGGGCAUGCUGGACCCCCACACCACGCUGGACCAGGACGAGGCCCAGCAGCACAAGGACGGCAAGCCCCCCUACAGCUACGCCUCGCUCAUCACCUUCGCCAUCAACAGCUCGCCCAAGAAGAAGAUGACCCUCAGCGAGAUCUACCAGUGGAUCUGCGACAACUUCCCCUACUACAGAGAGGCCGGCAGCGGCUGGAAGAACUCCAUACGGCACAAUCUCUCCCUGAACAAGUGUUUCCUCAAAGUGCCUCGCUCCAAAGACGACCCAGGAAAGGGUUCCUACUGGGCCAUAGACACAAACCCAAAGGAGGAUGCCCUCCCUACACGGCCCAAGAAGAGGCCACGGUCCGGAGAGAGGGCCUCUACCCCCUACAGUCUUGAGCAGGAGUCGUUGGGAAUGGACUGCAUCAUCCCUGGAAGUGCCUCUCCAACGCUGGCAAUCAACACUGUGACUAACAAGGUGGCGCUUUAUAACCCAGAGCAGGAUGGCAGUGACAGCCCCCGGAGCAGCCUCAACAACAGCCUGUCCGACCAGAGCCUUGCCUCGGUCAACCUCAACAGCUACACACCGGUGUCCAGCCACCCUGAGCCCGUGUCCCAGGCCCUCGCCCUGCAGCAGGCCCCCCAGCCCCAGUACAGCAUCCCCGAGCGCGACAAGCAGCUGCUCUUCUCCGACUUCGAAGAUCUCAGUGCCUCCUUCCGCAGCCUCUACAAAUCUGUGUUUGAGCAGUCCUUCAGCCAACAGGGUCUGAUGGGUAUGCCCUCGGAUUCAGCAGCGCAGCAGACACACACUGCGUGUUCCUACCAGCACUCCCCCAGCGGCAACUCGCACACGCACACACACACUCACGCUCACACACACACACACACACACAGCAGCCAGAACAGCAGCACCAACUCCCACCCCAACUCCAUCCCGACCAGCGGGAGCCAGAUGCCCCUUUCCCACACCCCCCACCCCGCCCACGCCUCCGCCCACGGCUCUGCCCACGGCCAGCACCUAACCCCCCACCCCCACCCCCACGCCCAGCACGGCGCCCUCGCCGCACACCCCACACACACACAGCACAGCCAGCACCCUCCGCACACACACUCCCCGCACCCGGCCCACUCCGCACUCACACACACACACGUCGCCCAUCCGGCCCAGCACGGGCAGCAGCAGCACCAGAGCCUGGCGCACCAGAGCCACGCCGCACAACAGCAGAUGCCCUGCAGUAACGCUGGACACCUCAGUGACUGGUACCCCAGUCUGGAUGCUCUGAAGGAGAGCUGUCGCAUCGCCAGCAGCUACAACUGGGCUGAUGUGGACCUGUCCCCCUUCCAAGGCCUGAAGGAGAGCAUGCGUCAGGCGGAGCUGAAUAACUGGUCUCUGGAGCCGACUCAGAUUGCUGACCUCUGCUCCUCCAUCAAUCAGUUCUUCGCCCGCACCGGCGUCAUCCCGCCACAGGGGGCAGUGCCCCCAGUCUGCCACGGAGCCAUGCACCCCAACAAGCCCAGCCAGCACAUCAACACAGGAAACAUGUACAUGGACAGCAGACAGACCAUGUCCUCUAUGAUGGGGCCUCCUGGAUACCCCCACAUGCCCCCCAUGAGCAGUGCGGGGCCCACCAUGACCGGUCAUCACUCUCAGAUGGCCCCGCAGCACAUGAUGCCUCCUGGAAGCUUCCAGAUGCGGCAGAUGCCAGCAGACGACAUCCAGGACGACUUUGACUGGGACUCCAUCGUCUGAAACCUCCUCACACACACACACUCGCUCAGUUAUACACACUCCCAUCCACUGACACACACACACACACACACACACACACACAGCAGAGCAGGACAGGAGGAGAGAGAUGAAGAGACUGACCUGUCUGCCAGAGGAGAGGAGGAGAGAUGGACAGACGGACGGAUGGAUGGAUGGACUGAUAACCUGAUGGGGAAAAAAAAAAAAGAAAGAAAGAAAGAAAGAGAAGCUGAAAUGUAAACGCAGGUGUCACACAUCAAUGGACAGGGAGAGAGAAGAGACUUAACUAUCCUGGGGUUUUUAUGAGAAAACAAAA